GCAUGAGUAGCCGAGCGCAGACACCAUCCCCAACCCCCCUAUGUGUAUAUUUUUUUAAUACUUUGUGAGGAAAAAACUGUCAACCAUAUCCAAAGUGCAGGACCAAAGAGAAGUAAAUAAUGUAUGCUUUUGUUAGAUUCUUUGAAGACGAUAUGUGCUACGCGUUGCCCGUUUCAAAUGUGGAAGAUUUCAGACCUCUGCACAGAACAGAUUUUGAUAAUCAGAAGGUGUAUCUGGUUCACAGAACUAAAGAGAAUGGAAGCGCAGGCCAGCCGUGCGACGCACAGAUCCUUGCCCUUGCAGAUACAGUAGAAGAAUUUGAAGACAGUAUAACGCAAAAGAAGAUGAAAAUUCCCAAGAUGUCCAUCAAGAAUUCAGGAAACUCUAUUGAGAACAGUUUUGGAGAGGAGAGAAUGCCGCUCAGACAUAAAAAGGCCCUGUCUCACGACCACGGACGCCCACUUUCCAACUCCUCCAAGAGCCUGGCAGCAGUAGUGGCUCGCCUGGAGAGAAACGCAGCCAGCUCCUGCAUGGAGGGCGAAGAGGACCUGGACGAGGACCGGCUGGCCGAGGAGGGAGAGGAUGCGGAUGACGAAGACGAAGACAUGGAGGCAGAGCAUCAGCAACAUCAUCACCAGCAGCAACAGCAGCACUUGGAGGUGGACUCGGAUUGUGUGUCCGAGGUGGCCGCCGCCGUGGUUCCCAGAGUCUUGUACGAGGAGCUGGUUCACAGCUACAGGCAGCAGGAGGAGGAGAUGAGGAGGCUGCAGCAGGAGCUGGAGAGAACCCGUAGGCAGCUGGUGCAGCAGGCCAAGAAGCUGAAGGAAUAUGGCAGCUUGCUGACAGAAGUCAAAGAACUGAGGGACUUCAACAGGAGGCUGCAGGACGUUCUUCUCAUGAGACUGGGCAGCGAGCCUAUGCAUGACAAUGGCACUCAGACAAUCAAGGCCGAAGUGGUUGAACCUAUUGUUGAGGCCCAGGAGACAUGCAGAGAAGAAGCCAACACUAGUUCCAGCUACUCACCCUCACCCAGAACAGUAUACACCUGCAACGACGGCAAAGUACACCUUGGCGGGGGGAUCUGGGUGGAGGAGGAGAAGUGGCACCAGCUGCAGCGGACCCAGGGAGACUCCAAGUUCACAAAGAACUUAGCUGUAAUGAUCUGGGGCACAGAAACCCUCAAAAACCGGAGUGUGACCGGAGUGGCCACCAAAAAGAAGAAAGAUGCCCUGCCCAAACCUCCACUGUCGCCCAGCAAGCUCAAAAUUGUCAGAGAGUGUCUCUACGACAGAGUGUCUCAAGAGACAGCCGACAGCGCAGAGAUUACGCAGAGAUUGUCCAAAGUGAACAAAUACAUUUGUGAAAAGAUAAUGGACAUCAACAAGUCCAUCAAGAACGAGGAGCGGCGGGAGUCCAAGCUGCUCAUCAGACAGACAGUCAAGAUGGAGAACUUCACCUACGAUGGCAUUUAGCGAUCAACCGUCACGCCAGCGCCUUCUGCUCCUGCGUGAUCUGCAGGAUUCUGAGGGGACUCCGUGUGGGCGUUUGGGGGAAGCUGUCACCGUUUCAGAAGCGCUUAUAUUUCUUACACAUCGCAUUUGGUUAUUAAAACAAACAAGCCCCUUCCCUCCUCCCUGUAGAGUGACCGUCACAGCUCUCCCACUUUGCUAAUUGGCUCUCAGACAGCUUUACCCACCAGUUAGAAAUGUAAACACAUGUGAGCUAGUUUGACAUGAGCUGGUGUGAGUGUUUUUCUAAGCUUUACAGUGGCAUUGGUACGGAGGUACGGUUUGUUGGGGUGUGUGCAUAUGUGUCAAAAGAUGAGAAAUUAGAUAUGAUUGUUAAAUUAAUUUAUUGUUCUGUGUCAGAACAUAAUUUUGGGUCCUUGAACUUUUAAAAAGUUUUGGAGGAAAAAAAGUUCCCUAGGUGAGGUUGUAAAGAUGCUAGCUCGCAUUAGAUCUUAGUGAACGGUUGACUGUUUCACCCGACGGCUGCUGGAGUGUUUGCUGUUGGUACUUAUUGCAUAGAAUGGGACAUGAGUCUCAAAUGCACAAGUCUUAAUUAGUAACAGCCAUAUUUAAUUUUGCGGCAGAGAUUCUGUUGCUCCAAGAGAUUAAUUAUGAGUGUGUGCGCCCCCUUAACUGUAGGUUAAUCACAACACCUCACUUUAUUAGAAAGAGGGCUUAUAGAGAUUUAAUGGGCAGAAUGACUCUAAUGCCGAGUCCACAGAGUGCUGUAUUUGUUUUGUUUUUUUUGUGUUGACCUGUGAGUUCCGAACGUUUGCCAUCACUGAGAGAGCACAAGAAAGGUUUUGAUGGGAUAUUCGUGUGUUACUCUUAAUCAUACAUGUCACUUUCAGAAAACUUGACUGUUGGGUUGCAGUGGUACGGGCACAUGGAUGCCUAGAAAGGCCUUAAAUGGAUUUGGCAAUCACCAGGGACUGGUACGCUCCUAGGUUUUCUAGUAAGCUGUGAUUGUAAAUAUAUAGCAAGCUGAAGUGAUGAAGCUUCACCUGCACUUUGCUGUGAGAAUGUAAGAGGUGGCCAGGUACUAUUUUCUGUGUGGUUCACACCAUUAAGUUGAGCUGAGCCGGACUACUGCCGGGAUGAAAAUCAGGGCACGGCUCUGCACGGUCCAGGUCAUCUUCUUGUGGGAGCAGUGUUAGCGGUGGGUAAAGCUGUCUGGAACACUAUUUUGCUGUUGAAGCUGUCUGGCCCUGCUGAGCCCCAUAAUAACCCCCCCUUGUUUAAAGCCACACCACUGGGGAACAAAGUAAGGUUGCUCCAGUGACAAUUUCCUCUGAGCUAUGCCAUCAGAACUUUUAAAAUGUCCUGUUUUUCUUGUAUGUUUUUCAUGUUUUUUUUUAUUUUCUUUCCUCUCCUGUUGAUACAUUGUUUUGAUCCAAAAUGGUUUGUGUGGCUGUCUGCAGGCUGGAACUAAACGCUGCAGAUUGAAAUCUCAACUGUGACCUAGCUGUGGCUAACUGUGAAUCUGCUGCAGAGCUGCCCAUCAAGCCUUUCUCCUCUUCUCACUCUUAGAUUCUCGUUUGUCCGCCGGUUUCUUUCCUUCUGUCUUUUUUUUUUUUCUGUCUGUCUUGUUUUUUUUCUUGUUGUUUCAAAAAAAAGUUCAGAUCAGCCUUUUCUUAAGCUACUUUAUGUUUUUGGAGAUAUUUUACUGUACAUAAAUCACAUCUUUUUAUUUUUCCACAAAACAUGGAUGUUUCAAUUUGUAGUCAUGUUACAGUUUAACGGUUCCGGUUUAAGUUUAGCUAAUUGAUGUUGUAAUUCCAUGUUUACUGUCAAUUUCAUGUUUCUUUUUACGUUUAUAUGCAUAUAUAUAUAUAUAUAUAUAGAUAUUAUUUUUUUCAUAUGAAUUGUUGGCUUUAAGCUUGAUGUUGUAUCCAAAUGUAGAUCAGUGGAUUCUACAGAUGAAAAAAUAUCCCCCCGCUUAGCCAAAGUGAUCUCUGUGGAACGAGAGAGACGAGGCUUUCCUUCCAUCCGAUUUUUGACAGAACCCAUACAUUACAUUCACAACAUGUGAUAUUUAACAAACCUCACUUUAGGAUCUGCGUACGGAUCCGCCAUAGUAAGAUGAAACCUGUAUUGUUAAACCGUUGCGCUCGAACAGUUGAGAUGCAGUAGUUAGAUCAACACAAAUCAUUUACAUUGAAUGCACUUUAAACUUCUGGGCGAUUUCUUCAAACUUAAAGAAAUGUAUUUGUGGUAUUUGUCCUUUUUUUUUUUUUUAAAGAAAAAUGUGUUUAUAGAUUAAGACCUAACAAUCAUUGUGUUAUCAUGAAGCACCUUAGAACAUUUUGGUUUAUUGUUUGUUACGGCAGUUGUGGGAUAUCGUUUUGUUUUGUUGGUCAGAUGAGCCCCUGACACGCCAAUGCUCCACGACACGCUUGAUAGAUGUAACGAUAAGUUUAAGAAGAUUUAUUCGGGGUGUUAGGAAAAGCAUUUUUCAUAAGUUAAAUUAUGUUAAAACUGGAAUCUCAAACUCUUGAAUUCUCCAGCCUCCUGAACAAUAGAUGGCUUAUUUGGCGAAUUGACAAGCAACAAACAAGUCGUCUGUGCAAAACAUGAUUCACCAAUUUAAAGACUUUUAACCAACGAAAUGUGCAAGCUGACUGGAAUUUGUGCUUUAACUUAAUGUGUCAAUAUGCUGGUUAUGUAUAAAUAUGACUUAUAUAGGCAUAAAUAAUUGUGUAUUUUUUACAAAUGAGUGGUAACUGUAAGCCAAAGUAUUGAAUGCUGAGAUCAAGCUAAAGAAGGGGGAUGCUGACUGAGGAAUCAGCAGGGUUUGCACAAAAAAUGGCCCAUGCCACGGUAAUGGAGCUGAGUGAAUCUUAAGUCACCUCAACGGUGACGUGUUAUUGAUAUAUACAUAUAUUUUUUUGGGGGGGGGGUUCGUUUUCAAACAAUUCCUUUGUUUCAGCAUCCUUUCCUUUUUUGUUUGUUUUAUUUUUCCCUGUACAAAGCAACAUGUGAGGUUUACGUGCGCUAGCGUGUAUUUGACAAUUCAUGCGAUUUUUAAAAGAAAAGAUUUCUGCUGUGCAAAGCAACCUUGCUGAAAAUUCUGACACGUUUUGUCGAGUGUUGUGUUUGUGUUUGUUUCUUUGUUGUUUGAUGCCAAAAGGGGGUGUGGUUAAACAAUGCUUAAUGAAAGAGCGUUUUUAUAGAGCUAUUACGUCCUGUAAAACACGUUUUUUGUUUUUCACAUGGCUGGUUUUCCUGGAGUGCGGUUUAGCCUAAUCCUUUAACCACCUUCUGUGGAUGAAAGCUGUAUGGAAGUACUGUAUGUUUUUAACCCAGAUUCGACUUAAUCUGUGAUGGCAAGGGCGAUCUUUAUCAAAUGUACCGAGUCACUUGCAGAGAGGCGGUUUGGGUUUUAGCAGCAUAUUAGUAACGUACACCAUUGCAUACCCAGUGCAGGGCCAUUAAUGGAUGCUAUAGGCUAGUUUGGCUCUGCAACACCACCACCAGACCUUCCAGUGCUCUCACUGUCACACUUAAGUAGCGAUAGGCAGGAAACAUAACCUCGCUGGCUCUGUGAUCCUCUUCUAUGCCAGCUCUAGUUCCUUACUCUUGACAUUUAUACGGACUAGAUGUUAGAAAUGCACACGUAUCGAGAUAAUAGCGAAUCUUUUUUCCUCCGCGUUUCGGUGUUUUUGGCUUAUGUUGUGAACACCCUGUCAAAGCUUCAGGAGCUUUAUGUUGCUUUCUGACAGUUUGAUUGGGGAGAGAGAGAGGGAAAAAAAAACCCAUCCAUUUUUAACUUCACUCUGUGCAACAAGAUAAGUGGCUCCAUGUGGCAGUUCUCAGAAGUUAAACGUACACAAAACACAUUACCGUUUGAGCCUCAGAUACAAUGUCAGACUUACUUCGAGAUCAGAAAAACGGGAGGAAUACAUCGUUAGGCCUAUAUUUUUAUUAAAGGUAUCAGUAACUUUGUAUACAAUCCACAAACCGGUUCUACUUCAUCUAACUUCACCGUCCUACCUCAUUGUUACUCUGGUGUUUGUCAGUGACUGUAAACUUAUGUGUGUAUAUUAAAAAAAAAAAAUCUAUAGGUUAAAGGUAUACCUGGUUACUCUGAACAUGUACAGCAUAUACAACUUGUAAAACACCUCAGUACACAAAUAUCAUUCUUAGGAGAAAUCAGUUUUAUUACCUGCUUAAAGAUGCUGCUGUAAAGGGGUGUCUGUGUGAGGGGUCGUCUCUGAAUAUAUAUCUUCGCUCUUUGCUAUGUUGUGCAGUUGAUCGGUGGUUGUGUUCUGUCUCUGUAUUGCAUUCUGAGAUUUUUACUGGUUGACGGUGCUACCAGCAAACAGUUCAAAAACUGAUCUAUCGGACCUCAAAUGGUGCUGUUUUUCUAUGUUUUUAUCGUCAUACAGCUAUGUUUUAUUCAGGUGUCUCAACCGCCACUAUCCCCUCAGCUAAUCAGAUUCUAAGCCAAAAUAUCUUGCGAAACCGAUAACCCUGCUAUUACUGUAUCGACUUAUAUGCUAUCCAUCCAAAUAUUGUAGAUAGUGAUUAUAUCCUCAGCUGUGAGUUUCAGAAGUACCUCAGAAGUUGCUGAUUUUAAAUGGAUGCAUCUGUUGUCUGUCGACUUACAUUGUUGCAGUUGUAUUUUCAGAAAUAUGCAUUUUUACUGGUUAGAUCAGGUUACGCCAUAGAUAGUACAUGAUUAUUAGCUCACACUCAGUUAAAUUCAAAGGAUACCACUGUUGACUGGUUUGCAUGCCAGACUGUCAUACAGGAAAUCUCACGUGGACUCGGCAGUGUGUUGCCGCAGUAGAAGAGGCCCUCUGCAAAGCCAUGUUCUGUUUGAAUCAAAGUCCGGCUUGUUUUCUAGUAGAGCGAUUCCAUUGGUAGUCUUAAUUUAGAAGUGAUCCUGGGAAUGUGUUGACUUCUGGAAAAAAAAAAAAAAGAAGCGUGAAAUCGAGAUCGCUGAGUGCAUCCAUGAAGAUGUCUUUGUGGAGUUUCCUGCAUGUCAGUUGGUACAAUCAAUUCGAUCUCGUUGCCACUUUAAUCUGUGAUCCCCCAGUCGUAUCGCUUCGUCCUUCAAUGUCAUUUAAAUGAUGUAAUUUUCAGUGUUAAAAUGAUGGAUUUAGUGUAGCAAUUUGUUCAAUGAUUGACUUACUGUGAGCUUGGCUUAAGUGUACAAAAAGUGCAUUAUAUUUUCUUUCACCCUGUUCGCAAACACCAAUGGAAUCUUUUCUGCGCCAAAGUGUUUGAAGUAUGUUUUUUUUUUUUCUGCUUUUGAAGGGGUGGGGUGGUCUACCUUUUAGUAUGUAUGCACUUGUUUUUUUUGUUUUGUUUUUUGUUUUUUAAUCCAACCAUGUUUCUGAACAUGAAAUGUGCUGGCGCCUCUCUACUGUGAGUAGUGUGUGUUUGAAAUACACAGCUGUUGGUUUUAUGGAAGCACUUAAGCCAUUCGUUGGACUGUUUUUAUAAUGGUUCAAUUGUAAGCUUUGCUCUGGUCCAGGGAAUUGACCCAGGGAGCUUUGUGUGUAAUUGAAUUCCUAUGCAGGUGUUGAGUUACUAACCUGGUACCACAUCACUGUUGGGUGGAGGACCAACUACAGAGAUGGAUAACUGGAGAGAGUUGAAUGUGUCCGCACAGCCUUGAGAUUGAAUCAAAGGGGACAAACGGCGACAUGACAAAUCCAUACAGAACUACGCUUUCACACUUGUUGAGUUGAAUUAAACUGAGCUAAACAGGGCUGCUUGGGUAUCUACCUGUCUAUACUAGUUAUAAAUGCAUUGCAGUGAUCAUUAGGGGAAGACAGGGUUAUUACUGUAUGGAUUAUUUCCAGUUGGUAUGAUAAUGUGAAAAGAAUUUCAAGACUAUUGCAGUAAACACUCCCUCACCCUACUUUCGCCUCCCAGAGGCAACCCUACAUUUACAGAAAAUGUUAAAAGUAUAUGCGAUAGAGAGUGUACAUGUCUUUGCUAAACCGGCCACACCUCUGCUAUGCGAGCAACUCUUUGACGCUUAGCAUCCUGUUCUGUGUUUUCUCUUGCUGCAUUCAGGAACACCUGUUUAAUGUAUAGAUAAACAGAAAUAAAUCAAGACUUUUAUUCUA